AUGGACAAGUCUCCGCACCAAGACUUCCCGUGCAUCUGUGGUCUAUCGUUCCCCAUGCAGAGCCUGCUGCAGGACCACCAGAGUUCGUGCGACCACGUCCAAGUGGAGGAAUGGGAGGAGACGCUCAAGUCCAUGACGUCGCCCGGCGCCGAGUGUUUCCCGUGCUGCCGCCUCCUCUCCCUCGACGACGUGCUCUUCAACGGCCAGAUGCUCAUCUACCGCACGUACGAGGAGAGCGCGUGCUGCUCCAGCUGCCGGGACGCCUGGUACCCGUACGAAGGGAGGGCCAUGCUGCAGCGCCAAGACGUGCGGAGAUAUCUCCACCUCCGACGCACCACCGUGCCGUUCCCGUGGCUCAAGGAGUACCGAGCGCAGCUCUUCAGGGAACUGCAGGAGUAUCUCCACCACCCACUGCGCGUGCAGAAGUGGCUCGACAGCGGACGCGAGCUCGAGGCGUACCUGGAAUAA